AUGACUCAAGAAAAUGAAAGUUUGAUAAUUAAAACUGAUACCACAAAUAAAAAUUCUCAAACUCUCGUUGAAGAUUGCCUCUAUCUAGCUUUUAGACUACUCACAACCAACAAAGAUUUGUAUUCUUGCGUUUUGGUCAAUAAAUCUUGGGCUACUAUUGCUAUACCAAUUUUAUGGGAAGCUCCUUUUCGAAAUGAUUACAGCUUCGUACCAUCUCCAAAAAUUAUUAAUGUCUAUAAAGCAUUUUUACCCGAUAAUGAACAAGGAAUUAAUCUUCCUCCGCAUAGAAUUCCUUUUGGCUAUCCUUCAUAUCUCAAAGAACUCCCCUUUGACUGUUUCUGUAAUGCUGUUGGUAAGCCUGAUAUUCGCAAACCCAUUGAUCAUGAACUUAUAAAAAGGUUGCUUAAAAUGUUUGCUUCCCAUGGUGCAAUUUUACGGAAAUUUGAUAUCUGUAGUUUUCUGGCUAAUCAGGAAAUUCUAAAUAAAAAUUGGAUUGCACUUCCUAGUAACCCAGAAUUCUCUUCAAUGUUUGGUAAUAAUUUAACAUAUUUCAAUUGUGGUAUUCAAUGGUCAGAUAAAAAGGUCGAACUCUUUAAUGCAUUAGCUUUAAAUUGUCACAACAUUAAACAUCUUAAGGUUAAAGUUUGGCGUGAAGAUGAAGGAAUAGCAUUAGCAAAUCUCAUUCGUGUUCAAAAGCAAUUAGUUAAAUUUUCUUUAUUGAACAGUAAUUUUUACGCAUCAAUCGUUGUUCAAGCUCUAAUAUCUCAUACAAAAUCUCUCGACUCUAUAUCGUUUAAACAUAUGAGUAAUGGAAAUGGAUAUUUCAAUACACCUCCUUUCUUUGAUCAUUCGGACUGUCAAUUAAGCACAAAGGCUGUCGAUGUUAUUGUUCAAUGCACUAAUGUUACUAAAUUGAAAUUCAGACAAUGCGAAGGAUUAAACUUUACAAGAUAUUACCCUUUUAGAUCUGCUUUUUCAAAUCUGAAAUCUUUAAUCUACAACUUUGGUGGUUUUAAAGAACAUGACACGGCAACUCCUUUAAAUUUGUUAUCUGGUCUCAUUAAAACGAGCUGCAAAACCCUCGAGAUUAUUAACUUUAUUUGGAGUACUCCUAAAAUUCUUGACAUAUCUCAACUCGUUCAAGCAAUUGCUCAAUACACACUUCAGCUCAAAACUUUAAAUAUUCCUCUUUAUACUUUAGAACAAGUUUCUUUAAUUUACCAGUUUUGUGACAAAUUAGAGAAUCUCAAACUCAAUUUAUUCAAAACGAUUGAUGCAAAUAAUGCUUUAAGAAUUUUUGCUAAUGAGUUACAUGAUAAUCUUAAGAUUAUUGAUAUUGGGUUAAAUAUAUAUAAGCAUGAUGUUCCCUUGGAUGAAACUCAAUUAGAUCAGAUUUUUAGUGACAUUUUUCUGAAGAAUAAGCAAAUCAAAAGCUUUAUUUUAGAUGAAGUUUAUCGUAUGUCAGAAAUUUCAGGAACUAAAAUAAAAUCUUUACAAGAAAUGUAUCCAAAGCUUAAAAUUUUGAAUGCUAGUCGUCACCCAUCUAGGUUCACUUAUUGA